AUGCUGAAGGCACAGACUAAACAGGUGGAGCAUUUACUACCAACGUUACUUAGCGAGCAAGCUCGAGGCAAGAUGUGGAUUGGUGGUUACUUUCCGCCUGCUCGGUAUCUCUUGAAGGGCCAAGUACCAGCCAAGUCCACCGAGAUGUCAGACGAUCAUUCUACUUUCUAUGGACAACAAUCAGCGUUGGCUCGGGAUGUCAGCUUUGAUGACUCGUCGAAGAGUGACAACGACGGAGAGCUUUCGAUCCCCGUAGAAAAUACGACAGCGGCGCACAAACUUUUGAUAUGGACUUCCAUUAAGGCACUGCUUCAUCCUCACUAUUACGACGAGAACUACGUCAUGAGAUUGAAGGAAGAACGUGGUUUGAUCAGUGUCGACGGACAAUGCGAGAACACAUCCAGUGCUGAUGACACACAACUACAGUCGUCGCCAUUGACCCACGAUGGCGUCAGCGUCAGCUUUGACGAGUCUCGAAUUAAGACAGCGCGGCGGUACCAUCAGAACUAUUUGGAUAGCAUGCACAAACUUCCUUUCCUCGAUCAAAUCACUCUGGAUAAGAAGGUAGACAUGUUCAUCCGACACUUCUGCCAUUUGGAUACCUCGCCAGUGGAGCGACAUAGAACACCCUGCCGCGACAACCCUCGUCGUGCAAAGCAGAAGCGUUCCAUCGAGGAGACAGGGGACCCGCAGAUACUGCCUCGGGCACUUCUACACCUCCCGUUGGACGGAACAUCGACAAUGUCAUCGUCUUACUGUCGCCUUCCAAGUCUCCAAUCUGUAUCUUUCAAUGGGCCCUACGCACCUAAUAGCGUCAUCUCACCAGCCAAUUUGGAUUCAGCCAUGCUUAUAAACCAGUCAGUUUGCCCUCGUCCUCCUCCAACCAUGAGUCAAUAUUACCCAUCUUCGACUCUUGAAAUUGGGACUCUGAAGCCGUUUUUUAAACCGUCGUCCAUUCCCACCCGCAAUGAGUAUGUACAUGUGAAGGAUCUUCAAGUCAUCCCCGGACUCGCUUUGUAUGGAUUUGCCGCAGGAAUUCUGGGUCAUCUCCAGGGCGGUAUCGAUUUGGAACAUGUUCAGGAGGCCUUGCUCGCAGGUCUUUACGCCGGUCAACUAGUGCAUCCCUUCCAAAGCCAUGGCUGGAUCUGUCAAGCUGCAAGGGCGUGCCAGGUACUUGUCCGUCAGAGGCGUUACGAGAGAUUGGAGGAAGGGCCAACACUGGAUCUUUACAGGUUCGCCUACUGGACAUGCCUGCAGCUGGAGAGUGAUCUUCUUGCGGAACUGGAUUUUCCUGCAAACGGUAUUUCUCGGUUCGAAGGGAGUAUAGGUCUUCCAAAGGGCACGAUUCAAUAUGGUACUUCCUGA